AUGGUUCUCGACAACGACACGCGGGGGUGGAUCAUGACGGUGGUCAGCGGUAUAGCAUCGAUAAUAUGCGUCGAUUUGAUCGUCCGUCAGUUUCCUGGCAUGAAGAACUUCAAGAUUGAGGACAGCAAUGCGUUCUUAUCGACUGGGUUGAGUUUGUCGUUUGGUGUCAUGAUUUUCUCGUCGUUAUACAGCAUGCUUCCCUCGGCGAAGAAGUAUCUGAUUGAAGGCGGUCAAACUCCAAGAAAUGCCACGUUGAUAUUGAUCGCAUGUUUUCUCGUGGGUGCGCUUGGCAUCUCGGUCUUGUCGAGGAUCCUGCACUCCUACAUUCCACACUCGGUUGUGGACUGCGAUCAUGAGCAUGGCGAGGGUGAGGAGGGAAAGAUUGUUGAUGAAGAGGCGGCACGUUUGCAUCUACCAAAGCAGGGAAAUCGUCAAGGUCUACCAAACACCGACGGGCAGCACGACAGUGAUGCCCACCGCUCGUAUGGUACACACAGCGAGAUCAGUAACCCUGGAUCGCUGCAGCAAAGGCCGUCCCUGCAUAAUUCGAUAUCAUCCAAGGUCACCCAAUUAGUAACUGGAGCCAAGAAAGAGUGCGAUGACAACGGGCAAUGUUUUGGCUACUCGGAUACCUGUGGUACAGAGUGUUUUCGAAACGUACUUCAGACUCGGCCUCCCCGACUACAAGCGCGAAAGUCUUUGGGAAAUCUAGUCGUGAGACCAUCUGGCAUGCACAGGAAUCAGACUACACAAGUCAACGACAGCGAAUGUCAACCCCUACUCAAAGAUGACGAAACCACGCCCCUAAUGCCCACACGCUCCGAACCACAAACACUAGCCAAUUCGGCCGCCAGUCUCCCCUCUGCCAACCCCCAGUCCCAAUCGCACUCCUCCCAACCCCCCUCCGUCCACAAACAUAGCCGCACCUCCUCUACAUCCUCCUCCUCCACCCCCCACAUCCAUCAUCCCUCAAAUGACCCCGCCACCGCCCACGCCCACGACCACGACCAUGAACCCACACACCACCACCACGUCCCCACCAACGUCUUCCUCUCCAUCGGCCUCCAAACCUCGUGCGCAAUCGCCCUGCACAAGAUCCCCGAAGGCUUCAUCACCUACGCCACCAACCACGCCAAUCCCACCCUCGGCCUCUCCAUCUUCCUCGCCCUCUUCAUCCACAACAUCACCGAGGGCUUCGCCCUCGCCCUCCCCCUCUACCUCGCCAUCAACUCCCGCUGGAAAGCUAUGCUGUGGUCGACCCUACUCGGCGGCGUCAGCCAGCCCCUCGGCGCCGCCGUCGCCGCCCUCUGGUUCAAAGUCGCGGGUCGCGGCCAGCAUGGGACCGAUGGGCCUGGCCAAGUCGUCUAUGGUUGCAUGUUUGCGGGUACGGCGGGCAUCAUGGCCAUGGUUAGCUUGCAGUUGUUGGGCGAGAGUUUGGAUCUUACACAUUCGCGUCGCUUGUGCUUUGUUAGUGCGUUUGCGGGCAUGGGCAUUUUGGGGCUGAGUAGUGCGUUGAAUGCGUAG